AUGUCAGACUCUAUUGGUGAUAAUCAAAAAGUUUCAUCUCUUUCCAAAGAUAUCGAUUCCUUAUUAGACGAAUGCGACCCUGCAUCAUCAUCGAUUGACGAUCUUCUAUUCGAUAUCCCAGCGUUAACAAUACUUCCUAGUCUUGAAAGUAUUCUUCAUGAACAUGAUCCAACAUUAGAUAGUAUCUCUUUAUCAUCGUCGACACAAAAUCAAACUCUAACACAAUAUGACGAAAAGCCCGCGCAUAAUUUACCUCAGAUUCUAUCUCCUCAUCCAUCAUCCGCAUCAUUUGAUUCUUUACUCGAUAUUCCUAAUCAACCGCUUGAUAAUUAUAUUCUUAAAAUCCACCAACAGCAGCAAGACGCAGCGAGUACAGAUGAAUCAUUUGUGGAAAUACCUAAGCAUAACCAAAUCAAUCAUGGUUCUUUACUAAAAGUUAUCGAACUACAGACGAUAUCAAAUCAAUUAACACUUUGCAUAGAACGUACGAAUUAUGGAAAUCCGACGACGAUCGAUGUGUUCGUAAAUCGUUUCGCAGCAAUCGGUACCAGUAAAAGUGUUGUUCUUCUUUUCGAACAUCAAACUCAAAUAUUAAAACAUUGUUUGAAUAGUGAUAUAUCCAAUGGUGCUGUUUCCGCAUUGAAUUUCAAUAAUGAUGCUACGCGUAUCUUAGUUGGAUAUGCACGUGGACGUAUUCUAAUGUUCGAUUGUUCGAAUGGAAAACUUCUACGGAAUAUUAGCAAUGAUAUUCAUGCGCCAGACACCGCGAUCUUGAACAUCAAGUUUACUCACGAUCCAACUGCUGCUAUAUUUAGUGAUAGUGGUGGUAGCGUUUAUGUCUUACAAUUCACUCGGACUUUAAAACGUGGAUAUCAAUCUAAAUGCUUGUUUUCGGGUAGCCGUGGAGAAGUAUGUACAAUUGAACCACUUCUGUUCAAUCGACAACAAGAAUUAUUAACAUCAAAUACCAACGAGAAAAUCGAACAACAUCCUUUGAAAUCUAUGUAUUUAGUAGCGUUAGCAACAUUCACGAAAGUUUUUCUCUUAGCAUUGAAAUCGCAGGAUAACGUGAAAAUUUUACAUGUUCAGCGUCUAGUUGGAAGUAACACAACAUUACCUAUUCUCAAAUGGCAAUUUAUUAUUGUGAAAAUCAGCGACGAAAUCAAUUGUGUUAAUCCAGUACUGGCAGCUGUUCGCGAUAAACAUUGCAUUUUCUUCCAAAUUCAACAUGAACGCGACGAUGAGGUACAAAUAACGCAAUUAAAGCAGAUCACUGUCGAUUAUAGUAUCAAAUCUUUCUGUUGGCUGAACGCCAGAACUUUCAUCUUAUUCGACAUGUCCGAACGCGCACAUGUGAUUGAUCAACGUUCGGAAGAUCAACUAGAAUGUUUACCGUUGUCUCACUGUGAAUUGAUUUACAAUACAAUAUUUUUUAAAUCGUUGGCAACUGGUGGAAAUGUUUCGACAGCUUUUGCCUUAGCCGGACAAAAUGCUUGUUAUCAGACGUUAAUAUCGAAUCAAGGUCGAAUAUUUCUACUUGGAACACAUAUACUCUACGAGAUUCGUUUACGAGAUUGGUCAGAACGGCUGGAUUACUAUGUUGAAAACGGCAAACAUCAAUACGAACAAGCGCUCGAACUUGCUUACUCGAUGUUGGUGGGAAAAGCCAAAGGUUUGACAGGUUUACCUAUCGAUCCGAUCAAACGACGUCAAUGCAUUUCCGAUCGUAUGGUUUCACUGCUCCAUUCAUAUUUGAAAUAUUCGCUGAAUUAUGAAUGUCCACAGUCGGGUAAAAUUGAAUUACUUAGACAACACUAUCGAAAUGUUUUACCUCGUUCGAUUGAUUAUUGUUUGCUGAUUGAUCGAUUGGAUUUAUUAUUCGGUCUCAUUUAUGAUCUUUUCUCGAAAGAUUCAAUCGCACAUGGCAUCUAUUUACAGUGUUUAGAACCGUAUAUUUUAUCCAAUCGCUUCGAUACAAUUUCACCAAUUGUGUUGAAAGAUUUCAUUCAAUCCUACGUGGAAAAUAAUCAUUUAAGUCAAUUAGAAAACUGCCUAAACCGACUAGAUGUUUCAUGUCUCGAUCUCGAUCAAAUCAUUCAAAUAACGCGAAAAUACGAACUCUAUAUGACAUUGUUACAUAUUUACAGUGAAGCAUUUAAAGAUUUUACAACGAUUGUCAAAGAAAUUCUCGAGAAAUUGGAAGAUGAUUUUGCUCAAAAUCAGGGUAAAUUCAACUAUCUCAUCGAGCAAACUUCAUUUUACGAUUUAGGUGUAGGUUACAGCUCAAAAAUGAUUGCUAUCGGCAAUCAAGCAUUAGUUUUUAUUCAAACAACCUUAGUUGGUGAUAUUUAUCCAUACGGUGGCCGUCUUUCAUCUGAUUUAGCUAAUUUUGGACGUAACCAGAUUAUUGAUUUCCUCUCCUACUUACAUCCCCGUCAAACAGGUGGUUUGCUCUACACAAAUCUGCGCACAUUUCUUCAUUUCAAUACGCGAGACUUCUUUAACUUGUUAACAAUGGCAUUUGACAAUGAAGACUUCUUACACGAUGUCCAUACGUCCAAACGACGAGCAUUUUGUGAUAUUUUACUACUAUUUUAUUUAACUUUCUCUCGCGACAAUUAG